AUGUCAGAAUGUACAGAGCAUGCACAGAACACGGAGAAAAUGGAAAGCAGCAGAAACAUAAAAGCAAUGACCAGAUUGCACAAGGCUGAAAUUAUGAUUGCUGUAGAACAACUGAGAUUGAGGCUGCAUGAUGGCAAACUGAUCAACCACCGACUGUACCAUCUGCGCACUUACCCCAACUACUUUUUGGCCCAAGAGCUUACAGACUGGCUGAACAGCCACAAGGAAGCCCUCGAUCGGGCAACGGUGGUCUGCCUCUUGCAACACCUUAGACAUGACAUUGUGCACCAUGUUUGUGACAAGUACCCUAUGUUCAAGGAUGCAAAAUUGCUGUACCGUUUCCGUAAGGAUGAUGGGAUAUUUUUGAACACUGUCAAGGUAAUCAUCCAAGGACAAUUAUUGUAUAAGCAUGUAAUAACUGGAGACUCCAUUCUGCAUCUAAGGGAGGCGCAGGGUGUUGCAUACCAGGGCUCCUUCCCUGGCUGCCAGUUGAUCGACUAGUUGCUAUAGAAUGCAAAGACAGAGAGUAGGCGCCAGGGUUUGGAGCUCUGCCGUGCCUUGCUGGAGCAUGGCAUCAUUCAUCCCAUUAGACUGCUGGUGCAGAAUAAGAAGCACCAAAAACAUGUACCUUAA